AUGCCCACACCCAAUACUUCUGCCCCGCUGCCUGCAUUCCGGGGCAACACCUCUGGAGGCAGCGUGCUGAGUACUGAUGAUGCUGCGAUGCCUGUUGAAUUCCCAGCCCUGAGGGUUGUGGUUGCCCUGGCCUAUGGGCUUGUGGGGGCUGUCGGCUUGCUGGGAAACUUGGCCGUGCUGUGGGUGCUGGGUAACUGUGCUCGGCGAGUUCCUUCCGACACUUUUGUCUUCAACCUGGCUCUGGCAGACCUGGGGAUGGCACUUACUCUCCCCUUCUGGGCAGCUGAGUCAGCACUGGACCUCCACUGGCCCUUCGGAGGUGCCCUCUGCAAGAUGGUCCUGACGGCCACUGUCCUCAACGUCUAUGCCAGCAUCUUCCUCAUCACGGCGCUGAGUGUUGCCCGAUACUGGGUGGUGGCCAUGGCUACAGGACCAGGCACCCACCUAUCACUCUUCUGGGCCCGUAUGGCCACCCUGGCAGUGUGGAUGGCAGCUGCCCUGGUGACAGUGCCCACGGCUGUCUUUGGGGCUGAGAGUGAGGUGUGUGGCGUGCGUCUGUGCCUAAUGCGCUUCCCCAGCAAGUAUUGGCUGGGAGCCUACCAGCUUCAGAGGGUGGUGCUGGCCUUCAUGGUGCCCCUGGGCAUCAUCACCACCAGCUAUCUGCUGUUGCUGGCCUUCCUGCGGCAGCGGCAACGGCGUCGGCAGGACAGCAGGGUUGUAGCCCGCUCUGUCUGCAUCCUGGUGGCCUCCUUCUUCCUCUGCUGGUUCCCCAACCAUGUGGUCACUCUCUGGGGCAUCCUGGUGAAGUUUGACCUGGUACCCUGGGACAGCACUUUCUACAUCAUCCAUUCCCAAGUCUCCCAUGUCACCACCUGCCUGGCACACAGCAACAUCUGCCUCAACCCUGUGCUGUACUGUCUCCUAAGGCGGGAGCCACGAAGGGCCCUGGCAGACACCUUCAGGGAUCUGCGAGCAAGACUGUGGCCCCAGGGCCGAGGCUGGGUGGAACAGGUGGCCCUAAACGAGGUAGGCAGGAGGUGGGUUGGAAGUACCCCCUAG